AUUCCUUUGAAAAUGCAUAUCUGGACAAUAAUCCUUACUUUUGUGGUCACAUCUCUACGCUCCACUGAGAUGUUUGCCACUUAUGGAGAUGUAUGUCAAGGGCUGUGUGUUUGUGAAGAGAGAGAUGGUGUACUGACCGCCGACUGCGAAAACAGAGGAAUUGUCAGUGUUUCAGAAAUUCAACCUUUGCACUUCAAUACAUGUCAUUUAUUGCUUGGUGGAAAUCUUCUGAAAAAACUCUCUGCUGGUGAUUUUGUUCAAUAUGAAGGAGUGACUAUUUUACAUCUGGGCAAUAAUUACAUUUCUGAAAUUGAUACAGGGGCAUUUAAUGGACUUCAAGGAUUAAAAAGAUUACAUCUCAAUAAUAAUAAAAUUGAGAUUUUGAGAAAUGAUACUUUUCUUGGACUCGAAAGCUUAGAAUAUCUACAAAUUGAUUAUAAUUAUAUCACCCACAUCCAAGCAAAAACUCUCAGCAGACUGCAUCAUCUGGAGGUGUUGAUAUUGAAUGAUAAUUUGCUAUCUUCUCUGCCAACCAACAUUUUUCAGUAUGUCCCCUUAACUCACCUCGAUCUGAGAGGGAACCAGCUUAAGCUUCUCCCUUACAAUGGCCUCUUGGAACACAUGGAUAAAAUUGUGGAAUUACAAUUGGAAGAAAAUCCUUGGAAUUGUUCUUGUGAACUCAUUGCUCUUAAAGCCUGGCUAGAAAGCAUAUCAUACACAGCGCUUGUAGGAGAUGUUGUGUGUGAGACUCCUUUCCGGCUCCAUGGUCGAGAUCUUGACGAGAUCUCCAAACAGGAGCUGUGCCCCAGAAGAGCCAUUGCAGAGUAUGAGAUGCGUGCAGAGCCAGCUUACAGCACAAGAGGAAACUUUAGGGCCUCUACAGCAACUGCCUCCUAUACCUCAUCUGGCAUAUUACGCUCCACAAGACCCACCAAGAGCCCCCGGCAAUCGAGCAAAUUGCGGGCGAAACCCACCUCUCGUGUCCCUUCCAAUAAACCCCAAAAUUAUGGCCCUAUGGUGGCAUAUCAGACCAAAUCUCCAGUGCCUCUGGACUGCCCCACUGCAUGCACUUGCAAUCUCCAAAUAUCUGACCUUGGUUUGAACGUCAAUUGCCAAGAGAGAAAAAUAGAGCACAUAUCUGAUCUGAAUCCCAAACCAUACAAUCCCAAAAAGAUGUACCUCACCGGAAAUUAUAUUUCCGUUGUAAACAGAUCUGACUUCACUGAUGCCACUGGAUUAGAUCUGCUUCACCUCGGAAACAACCGGAUAGUUCUCAUUCAUGACAGAGCCUUUGAGGAUCUGGCAAACCUGCGACGACUGUAUCUGAAUGGAAACCUUAUAGAGCGCCUCACAGUGGACAUGUUUUAUGGCUUACAAAGUCUCCAGUUCCUGUAUUUGGAAUACAACGUCAUCAGAGAGAUUGCAGCGGGAACAUUUGGGCCCAUGGCAAAUCUUCAGUUGCUUUUCCUAAACAAUAAUCUUCUCAAAACUUUACCGGGGGGAGUCUUUGAGGGUCUCACGCUGUCUAGAUUGAAUCUCCGCAAUAAUCAUUUCCGGAACUUGCCAGUUACUGGUGUUUUAGAUCAGCUUAAAUCUCUGGUGCAGAUAGAUCUCUUUGAGAACCCCUGGGAUUGCACUUGUGUCAUUGUGGGGAUGAAACAUUGGCUGGAGGAACUCAGUGCUGGCACAGUGGUGAACAGCGUCAUUUGUGAGUCUCCUGUAAGGCUGUCUGGGGAAGACUUACGUUACAUCCAUCCCUCUUAUCUUUGCCCAAACGACUCCAAUGUUCAUGCCUCUCCAAUGCCGCCUUCAGAGGAAACCUUCCCUGGCAGCACUAUCACUCUAGAAACAGCCUUGGAUUUUGACACGCAAUACCCUGCAGUUCCUCUCUCUGUAUUAAUUCUAGCCUUGCUUCUCAUUUUCAUAAUGUCUGUGUUCAUUGCUGCCGGACUCUUUGUAGUCAUGAUGAAAAGACGUCAAAAGUCCGAAAGCGAGCAGACUGCCUCUCUUAACACUAACAUGAGUCAAUAUAGCGAUAGGUCAGCACCAAAGGUUAAAACCUCUUCAGGUCAUGUGUAUGAGUAUAUUCCCCCGCCUGUGGAUAGCCAGGCAAAAAACCCCAGCUACUGUCCCAGUGAGGGAAACAUGGCUGAAAGUUUCAGAGACUUUGAUGAGCUUAAUGGGGUGCUGGCGUCGAACUCCGAUGAAGAAGUGCGUAGUGUCGCGAUAAGCUCUGACUUCAGUGCUAGUACACCUGAACCACACAACAGACCUUCCCUACUCCAAGACGAGCAUUAUUUUUACAGAGAUAUUCCUUCCCGAGACCAGCAGCUGCCCUACAGGAGUAAUCUGCCAUGUAAGCACAGCACUCAUAUUGCCACUCACUAUGCUCCAGACUUUGAUGUCAGACAUCAGUACUUGCCUCCCGAAAGAAUACAACAGACUAUGGUGUACUGCUCAGCCCCUACCACUGUCUAUGUGGAACCCAACAGGGGUGAAUACUGGGAAUUAAAAGCCAAGCUGCAUUUUGAGCCUGACUAUCUGGAAGUGCAUGAGAAACGUACAACAUUUACCCAGUUCUAA